CGCGAUAUUUGAAAUGCGGAAGUUUCUGUGUCAGAUGAUUCAGGUCGUGUGGUUCAGCUCGGUUCUAAGGAAUUCUUGAACCAGACUCUGUUUGUGUGUAGUGGUUUUUCAAAGUCUAAUACAUUGAGCACAAGCAAUUUAUUCUGUCCUGGAGUGAUUUCAUCCAGCAUGCAGAACGUUAUAAACUCGGUGAAAGGCACAGCUCUGGGAGUGGCAGAGUUUUUAACGCCAGUUUUGAAGGAAUCUAAGUUUAAGGAAACGGGGGUCAUAACUCCAGAGGAGUUUGUUGCAGCCGGAGAUCACUUGGUUCAUCACUGCCCGACAUGGCAAUGGUCAUCAGGAGAAGAAGCAAAGGUGAAGCCCUAUCUGCCCAAAGACAAGCAGUUUCUAUUAACCCGAAAUGUACCCUGCUACAAGCGCUGUAAACAGAUGGAGUACUCUGAUGAAUUGGAGGCCAUUAUAGAAGAGGAUGACGGAGAUGGAGGAUGGGUUGAUACUUAUCACAAUGCUGAUGUCACAGGGGUGACGGAAGCGGUUCGGGAAAUCUCUUUGGAUAAUAAGGACAAUAUGAAUAUGAACGUGCAGGCGGGUGGAAACGGUGAUGACGACGAUGAGGAUGGUGAAGGAGAAGCAGCAGACAUGGAAGAAUAUGAAGAAAGUGGACUUUUGGAGACAGAUGAUGCCACUCUUGAUACAAGUAAAAUGACGGCAGACUUGAGUAAAACCAAGGCAGAGGCUGGCGGAGAGGACGGCGUCCUACAGACUAGAACUUAUGAUCUUUAUAUCACAUAUGACAAAUAUUAUCAGACACCGAGACUAUGGCUAUUUGGAUAUGAUGAGGACAGACAGCCUUUGACCGUAGAUCAGAUGUAUGAAGAUAUCAGCCAGGAUCACGUCAAGAAAACCGUCACUAUUGAGAAUCACCCUCACCUUCCUCCACCUGCUAUGUGCUCUGUGCAUCCAUGCAGACAUGCUGAGGUGAUGAAGAAGAUUAUCGAGACUGUGGCAGAAGGAGGAGGAGAACUUGGGGUCCAUAUGUAUCUCCUGAUUUUCUUGAAAUUUGUGCAGGCCGUCAUUCCCACAAUAGAAUACGAUUACACGAGGCACUUCACCAUGUAACUCGCCAAACGGCUGCCCAUGACUUUGACCACAUAUUUGGGUGUUUUUUCGAAUAGAGGCUGUUACUGCGGUGACAAAACUGUCCUGAAAAGACUUAAAGCUCUACACUGAUUUCAAGGAAUCUGGGGGUGUCAGACAGACAUGCUUAAAUCCACAUCUCUCAAUUCUUCUUCAGCUUCCUCUCCGUAUUAGUCAGAUGCUCUUAACAAUGUUUUAUUUUAUACAUGCAAGAGUCAUUCUUUCAGUUUUAAUGGCAAACAAUAAAUGGCUGUCAAAAUAUUUUGGUGUUAUGUGUAUGAUCAGUGUCACUUUGUUAAUGUGAUCUGAGCUUGUCAUAACGUGAUGUUUUUCUGAAUGUUAAAGCCACUGUAUAGGAGCCACGGCGGUGUUGUGAAAAACGUAUUUACAUCUAUAGAGUUAAUGCAUACCAAAAUUAUUAUGUGUCGUUGUAUUGUUAAAGUAAUAUAAUUGAUAAAAGGCUGUUAUGCAUAUAAUUUAAUCUGUUGGAUGUAAUCUAUUUAUGUGGUCCACAGGUAAACAGCGCCACAUAAUGAUUGCUAAUACUUUAAUGAUUCUAAUUGUACGCCCCUGUGCUCAAAAUAAGAAAUGUACAUUUAUUAAUAAAAACAUUUUAUAAUCGUC